AUUCAGCAUUCGAUCAUGGAAAACAAAUAUGACCAACUUAUACAACAAGCACGCAGUUCUUGAUUGCGAAGGCUGGUCAUGGGGCUGCCAUGCCCCUGAAUUCGCUCCUCUUAUGGCGGGGGCACUAGUAAUUUUCUGCUGUGCAUGGUGGUUGUGGGGUAUGAAAUUCACCAAAAUAAACCCACCUCUACCACCUGGUCCUUUAGGCUUGCCUAUAUUAGGAAACCUUCCCUUCAUUAAACCCGAAUUGCACCGUUACUUUUCAGACCUGUCUCGGAUCUAUGGUCCCGUCUUCAAACUUCGAAUGGGGAGCGUGUUGGCAAUAGUCAUAAACUCACCUUCACUUGCCAACGAGGUCCUCAAAGUUCAGGAUGCCAUCUUCGCUAACCGUGACGUUCCGGCAGCCGCUGUGGUCGGCACAUUUGGUGGACUCAACAUCUUAUGGAGACCCAACGGUUCUAGAUGCAACCAGCUGCGUAAGCUUGUUAUUUGCGAAAUCAUGAGCAAACAAAGCUUGGAUGCUUGCUACGUGCUUCGUCAACGAGAGGUUCGACGAAUGGUGAAGGAGAUUCACGGAAAAGUUGGUUCCUCAGUUAACAUAUAUAAACAAUUAUCAGCAACCGCUCUACGAGUGAUGAUGAGCACGCUAUGGGGUGAUGAUCCAUCGAAAGAUUUGAUUGAGUUUAGGAAACGAUUGGAUGAAUUUAUAAUAACAUCUGCAACACCGAAUGUUUCUGAUCUUUUCCCAAUUCUGGCCCCAGCUGAUUUACAAGGAAUUGAAUCCAAAGCGAAGGAGCAAUUGUCGUGGUUUUAUGGGGUUUUUGAAUCAAUGAUAAAGAACCGAAGAAACAUUAGAGAUGAUGGAAAAGAGAAGGAGAAUAUUAGCAAGGAUUUUAUACAGCAAUUGUUGGAGCUGCACUGGCGAGGAGAUGAGAAAAACUCUUUAUCCAUCAACGAAGUGAAAGCUUUGCUUCUGGAUUUGAUGGUCGCCGGUACAGAUACAAUACCCACUACUGUAGAGUGGGCAAUGACCGAACUAUUACGCCAUCGAGAUAAAAUGACGAAACUCGUAAAGGAAUUAGAUAUGGUGGUCGGAAACCAGAACACUGUGGAAGACUGUCAUAUACCUCAACUUGUCUACUUGGAUGCUGUCAUAAAGGAGACACUUCGUCUUCACCCAGUUGCUCCAUUGUUGAUUCCUCAUGUGCCCAGUGAGACCACUGUUAUUGGUGGAUUUACUGUCCCUAAAGGUUGCACGGUUUUCAUUAAUGUAUGGGUCAUUCAAAGGGACCCUGAGUUAUGGGACGAUCCUUUUCGGUUUCAGCCCGAGAGAUUCUUGGAAACAGACAUUAACUAUCGAGGCAACAAUUUCGGGUUUUUUCCAUUUGGUUCAGGGAGGAGGAUGUGUGUUGGGGUUUCUCUAGCAGAGAAGAUGGUGGCACUGCUCUUGGGCUCUUUGAUGCACUCUUUUGAAUGGGGAUUGUCAGAGGGGACUAAGCCUAGUUUAGAAGAUAAAUUUGGGAUUUUUUUGAAGAAAACGGAAUCACUUGUUGGUAUACCUGUUGCACGACUUCCUAAUUUGGAGCAAUACCAAUGAAUAUGUUCAAUUUUUGCAUACUCAUAAACUAUAUGAUAUGUAUGUUAAAUAAUUGUUACUACGUAAGAAAAAGCAACUACAAAAAAAUAAGACUUUACAUAGUUGUUGAGCCAUUAGAGAUUAUAAUCCAUCUUAGGUUUAAAUCCUAAAAAUUAUAUGGAUAUGUUUUUGAAUGAAAUAUAUACUUGUACUUAUAUAGUUUA